UUUUCUUCCUUACAAACGAGAAAUGCUACGACAAACACUUAGAACCUUAUCCAAUUGCCAAAACAUUGCAGCCACGAAUAAGAACACACCAGUUUCUAAGUUGAAGAUAAAAGAGGAGAGUCUACUCAUCUCAAACUCUUUCUUCUGAUCCUUGCUCCAGAUAGUGGUAGCAGUAUUUCUCACAUAAGGUUUCGGAGGAUUAUAAAAGCAAGCAUGGCUUUGUCCUUUUCUUGUGGUACCACAAAGCCAUUUUUGAAGGUCCACAACAAUUCGAGUUAUGAAUUUCAGAGACCAAAUACUGUAGUAGCAUUUGUAAGGUGUGAAUUAAAAGACUCAUCAGAAGAGAAUCAUGAGUUGCAAGCAAAAAGUUCCAAGUUAGAGAAAGGGUCUCCUAUUAUUAUCAUAGAAGCUCCAAAGAUGAUCAAGACUGCAGCUUCUGUCCCUUGCCUCAGGGUUAAUUCUGGCUUAGUCAAGCCUGGUGAUGUUGGAAGAAUUGUUUCAAGAAAGCCAAAAGAUGUGUGGGCAGUGCGCCUCAGCAUUGGAACUUAUCUUAUUGAUGGGAAAUAUUUCAAGCCCUUGGACCUGGCUGAGUAUGAAUAAAUAACGACAGAGUGCGUGUAAUGUGAACAAACUUUCAUUUCAAUUCUUAAGAGGAGUUAUUGCUUUGAAGUGCGUGACACCGUACAUACAAUUAUCCAAGAAAUUGGUCAAAAAAGAUUUUAGAUGUAGAACACCUUCACUCAAUGCCAACCAGUAGGUGCCUCUUGGCACACAAUAUAUAUUUUUGUAUAGUCUUGCUACAUUGUGUAAAUUAGUUGAACAAACUAAUAUGAAUGCUUUUCUUUUCUUUUCUUUACA